AACAUAACCUAAUUUUUACAUGGAUUAAGGAAAAUGUUAAAAUAUUUAAGUAUUUGCCGAAAUUCUUCGAGGCAAUGGACACUUUUUAAUACAUUUAAUAAAUAUAGUCCGCCGCGGCAAACACCAACUCAAAGAUAUCUUAGUGAAAAAGCUUUAGAUGUUAAUACAAACGUUGUUAAAGAUGUAAUUUUAUAUAAAUAUGAUAACUCUCGAUAUUAUAAAUUAAUGAACUUGUUUGCAUUUGCCCAAUUUGGAUUUUGGACUUAUUUAUCAUAUACAGCAUAUACCACGUUAAAAGAUGCUCCCGUUGACCCUUCUAAAAGUGAACAUUGGUGGGAAAAAAUUAAUUUGGGAGAAAACAAAUACAGAAAUGGAAUAACCCUUUGCACAGGCCUUAUAGGAUGGGGAAUCCUGGCGGUAGUUUGGAUGUAUUCAUUGCGAUCAGUAAAGUAUCUUAUCCUCAGAAAAGGUGGCAGACAACUUACAAUAGUUACAUACACACCUGUAGCAGCCAGUAGAAUGUUUACGCUGGAGUUAAAUAAUCUUAGCUCUGUUGAUUCAAGAUCUACAGCCAAAACGCAUAUGGCUCUAAAAGUGAAAGGACAUUUUAUGUAUUAUAUUGUAGAUAUGAAAGGAGAAUUUAAAAAUCCCUUACUGUUUGACCAUACUGUGGGUAUUCGAAGAAAUUUGAAGAAAUGAGUGUUGUUUUGUGUAAACAUAUAAUUUUAAAGAAAAAUAAAUUUUAUUUUGUUAGUUUU